GUAUGAUACGGUAGUUACGAAGUCAUUUAAGACGGAAUAUAGUCUUCGGGUCAUUAUAGCUAAGGGCUUAUAUUUAUGUAUCUUUCUGUUCAGUAAAGAAACGUUCUUGAACAUUGCGCGGGACACUUUGUGAACGGAUUGCGGAGAUAACUUCUACAUUACUACGAUGCCUGAAAUUGAACUCAGAUUUCCAUCCAGGGAAGGGGCCCCGAGUUUACAAGAUCAGGAAGAUCUUCGAGCAGUGUGCCCUAGCCGACGUCGCAGUUGUGCCCUGGUAAACACCCCCUCACCUUGUGUCAACAAAGCUGUUUGCCAUAUACAGGAGUUGAAGAAGAGACUGGAGAACUGGUGUCAACAGUCCGGAAAUGUCAAGCAUCAGGUGUCACAUGAAAAACACCCAAAAAACACAACAAUUAGAUUUCAUUCCAAUGAGUCAGAGUCUUCAAUGAUGUCUACAGAGUUAUACAUCGAAGGCAUUGGUCUUAGUGCAAGAGAAGAGGGGCUGUUGUCUCCGCUGCGUAAGGAAACAACAGAUGUCCUGGUAGAGGUGGUGUAUCUGAUUGAACGUCUGGAGGCUGAUCGCCAGGAUGCAGAGGAGGCUCUCCAGACAGAGAAGAGGAGGAGGAGAGCUUUAGCGGGGAAAAUUGAUAGUAUUUCGGUGUGGAAGCAGCAGGAGUUUCCUGUUGCUGUCCAAAAAGAGCAUGAGGCCUGUACCAGAGACAUCAGGGAAUUGGAAUGGCACCUGAAACUGCGGAGAGAUAAACUUCACCAAGUCAAAGAUAAAGUGACCAAGAUGGAAGUCCUAAACCAGCGGUUAAAGGAGGACAUUGAUUUUGUCAAGACAAAUGGGCCUCUCGUGAAGGAGAAACUGCAGCUGGAACGCGACUGCAUGGACCAAAUUAACAUGGCUCAACAUGAGGCACAUGAGACAUUUUCAAAGACUUUGACUGAACUCAAGAGUUGUCAAGAAGAGAUGAGAAAGAAAGAACUGAAAGCAGAUGAGGAGAGAGAGUGGAUGUUCCAUGAACUUAAGGGCAUCAAGAAUCAGCUAAAUGAAAGACUAACGGCGUUGCAGGAGCUGAGGGGCCAGUGGGGUGACUACUGUGUUGAAGCGAGGGAGACAGAGAAGAUGGCGACUCUGAAAGAAAACGAGUAUCGAGAUAUGUCACUGAGUAUCCCUGAACUGGAGGUGCAGGAGGCUGCAGCCAAUCAUCAGGUUUUGGAGUUGAAAAUAGAAAUUGAGAUAGAAGGGAGAAAAAUUGCUAAGUUAAGGGAAGAGAUUCCAGAGCUGCAGAAAGAAGUCCAUGAAGCUAGACUUGCAGGUGAAUCUGCCCUCUCUCUCUUGGAUGAAGUGUUCUCUAAGAAACGUCAGGACAUCUUGGCUCUUCACCAGGAAAAUAACGAAUAUGACCUGGAGAUCGAGGAAUAUACCAAGCAGAUCUAUGAGAGUGAGCAGACAGUGAAGCAACUUCAGAAGGACAGGAAGCGCAUGCUGCAGAAGAUCACUGCGAACGAGCAGGACAGGGACGCGGCACUGGAAGAGCUGUCCCAGGUGGAAACGCUGCACGGCCACACCACGGGCACACUGGAAGUGCUGGAGCAGAGGACCUUCACGGAGGAACAGAGGAGCCGGAAAGUGAUUGAGAAUCUGAAGAAAGACCUGGUGAGCGAGAUGAAAGCCCUGGCUAUCCUGAAGGGUAAAAUAGCAACAUUUAAAGCAGAAUUUCAGCAGGAGCAAAUGAACACUGCCAAGGCCAGAAUGGAACUUGGUCAGGAAUUUGAAGAGGCAACAUCAGCGACUAAGCAAAUGGAAGUGAAAACAGAAAAACUGAGACAGAUGCAUAAUGAUAAAUCUAAGAAAAUUGAAAGUUUGAACAACCAACUUGGUGAUAUUCUAAUGAAAAACAAAAAUACUUCAGAUUAUCUGGAAAAGGAAAAGAACCUGAGACUUGAGAGUCUAAAUACAGAAAAGGAAUUACACCAAGGUGUUUCCAAGCGGUUUGACCAGGCCUUGAGCAGAAUCGCAGACCUAACUGCUAAGUCUAAAGAGUACCGAAUAGAGUCUGACAAUAUGGAGAAAAUAGCAUCCACUAUGCCAGAUGUCAUUGAAGAACUACAGUCUGUCUUUGAUGCUACGGGGUUCAAAAACCAAACAGCUACGUUGAUCAUGAACACCUUGGAAUGUGAUAUCUCUGGCUGUCAGCAACGGAUAGAACAAAUAUUGAAAACUCACAGUACUCUGUUCACAACCAGGCAGCAGAAAAUGCAGGAAAUCAAGGCUGACCUAAAGGUAGCUCUGAAAGAGAAUGUGGAGUUGGCCCAUGAGUACAGAAUCCUUCAGAGAGUCCUGGUGAUCGCCAAGCGUGAGGCUGUGUGUGUGUUUGAUGAGAAGAACCGAGCGGAGGAAUCUUUUCACGACCACAAACAGCUUUCUUUGUUGCAGAAGAGGAUGCACAAAGCUGUGGUGAAAUCCUUCAGACAACGCCACCUCUACAGCCUGGCUGAACUGGCCCGCUUCCAGAUCCUCUCUAACCAGAACAACCAGAAAAUAAAAGGCGUCCAGGAGGAGUUGUCAGGAGCAAUCCAGCGCAUCUCUGCCUUCCUGCUCUCUCUGUCAGACGACUCAACUACCAGUGAUGAUGCAGCGACCAUGCAGACGGCAGCAGGGAAGAAAGAAGCGGGUCCGGAUGCCAUUGGAUUGAACAGGAAGAAGAAGAUGCCUACAGUUCAGAUAACAGUGUAAUUGGACAUUCACCUGGAGCUAGACAACUUACUUACCUCAGCACGCUUCACUCAUUCACUAUCCCCCUUCGCCCUCUUACCAGCAGCAGAUCCAUAACAAUGAAACAGGUGACUUUCAUGCUGCUGUCAGGACUGAUCUAAUUUUAGCUGGGUGAAUGAUUGCAAUUGGCUUUGCCUCAUCAGAUAAUUAAUCUAUGUCACCAUUAAUUGGAAAAGAGAAUAAUUACAGGCAGUGUUGACAGAAAUUCUACGCUUCUUCAGAUUUUUGACUAGUAAAACCCUCCGUGACCUUAACCAGUGCUUAGUACCCCACUUCAACCCCAUGACCAUUGCCAAAGCAAAACAUGUCCUCUCAGUAGACAAGCAACACGGUUUUUGUUGUUUCAUUUUUUUUUCUUUGGCUCUCCCUCCAUGCUCUUUUGGAAAGAUGUCUCCCUCAAUCACUUUUCAAUAUUCAAUCUUAAUUUUGUGGAAGUUUAGCAUUUUCAAUGAGCUGGAGAUGAAUGAUUAAUGAAUACAUUUAAAUGCUUCAUUUUGUCCAUGGAUCAUUAGUUAAGUCCUUUGUGGGAAGGACCUGAGAAAGGAGUGAAAAUUAUUGAGACAUUAGCCUGGAGCAAUCCAGGGGUAAAUAUUUAGCACGUUACUAAAGGAUGUUGUAUAGCGGGUGCAGUGUCCUACUGGCUUUUUAACUAAAGAACCCCCAGGUAACGCUGCUUUCAAUAUGGCACAUUUCACCUGAAUCGCACGUAGUAUUUAUUUGGAAGAGAAAAUUGAUUUUUAUUAUUUCAUCAGGCAUGCAUGUAUGCAUUGCUUCAUAGGCCUACUAAUGAUGUGGCACAUUAAUAUUUAUUAAACACUUCAAAAGUUUUUCUUAUUCUCUUUGAUAAACAUUAGCGAUUCAAAUAUUAGCACGACAACAUUGUUUAUAUUUCCAUUAUUGUGAUGGGACAAUUUAAGACUAUCACUGUAGAAUUGGUCAUUGGAUUCGUGUUAGAGCUUUUCUCACCAAAUGUUAUUGAACUCACCUCAAGUACUGGAGACAAUGUAAUGUCCUUUUAGGUCACUCAACCAGGGGAUAUACAGUAUACUGUUGGCCCUGGUCUGAAGUGUCCUGGUGGUCUGUGUGGUUGACUGAGAUGUUGUGGGUUUGUUGUUACUCAACAAUACUUAGUUUGAAAGGAUAACUAUUUAGUUUCCUAUAGGUUGUUGUUUUGCGUGAUCUGAUUCCCUGGCCAACAUGUCCGGGAAACCCUGCAGGUGUGUCAGUGUUUCAGUGGUGUUUCAGAUCAAUGAUACUUAACUGGGAUCCGGUUUAUUCUCUCAAAGCACCUUGAGGACCUUUUUAUUUCAUUUUUAUGCCACCACACUAUCUCUUUAAAAUGGCAAUAUCUCAAAAGAAGGCACCUUCCCAACACAUUCAUCUCCUCUCCUUCCAUCUAAUCAAUCUUCAAAAUAAAUGAUACUGAACCAGAGCUGGCUGUCAUCACAUUUGUCUGGAGGGAAGACACA